UCAAGUGCGACUAUGUCGUCAAAAUCCGUUCGUAAGAUAACUCCAGGUCUGGAACCGGAUUUGCUGCCCGGCGCCAUGCGGUGGUGAUCGCGCUCGCUCGCCGGCUGCGCUGCGCGCCCCAGCGCUCCGCGCCCUACGGACAGCCAGGCAGCUGCUUCAACGCAAAGGCCCCCUGCUUCAGCACAGCCGAUAAUAGACCAACCGCUCAGCAGGAUAUUAGCAGAGACUUUGCUCCAGAGGACACAAGUUUGAAACCGUGAGCCGAAAUCGAAGUCCUGAAUUCCAAGCACACCGUGAACGGAUCUCUGCAGGCCAACAACGACAACAAAAGAACCAGGUGGUAGCAACAAGAGGCAGCCGCAACAACAGCAGCGGCGGCGGCGGUGGAGACCCGCUCGGUGUCCCGCGGCGCGCGUCGGGGCGUGACACAGCCGUGCUCGUUUCCUCCCGCCAGCUGUAGUUGCGGCGCUGCUUUGACUCUUCCUGGCUACUCCUUAAUCCGGGUUGUGGGCCCGGCGCAGUCUCCGGAUCUGGCCACCGGCCGAUUCAGUCGACCUGGCUGCCAACCGGCCGACGGCACUUCGGGUGCCCCGCGGCCUCCGCGCCAUUCAACGCGUCACCAACCGUGGCCGAGUUCCAACCGUCCGCGCUGGAUAUCAUCGCUUGUCCUACCUCAAGCACUGCUGUUUUAUACAACAGCCUGCCUUCUGCGUUACGCAGCACCAGCAGCAGCAGCAGCUAAAACGAAGGCGCCAGCUAGAGCGAAGAAACGCCGCCGCAGCAGCAGCAGCAUCCGAACGACAGGAUAGCAGCAGCACCAACAGCAGCAGCACCAACAGCAGCAGCAGCAGCAGCAGCGGCAACAGGAAAGGCAACUUCAGCACAUAGAGCUGCCAAAGCUUGCUCCUGCUGUCCGGCCGCAAAAUGCAGCGCUGACUAGUGAAUCCCCAGGGCCGAUUGUGUUCAGUGACUGAGGAUAGCCUGGGAACUUCCUGAGUGCCAAUACAAAUAUCGACAAUAAAAUGCGUGAGUGUUCAUAAUCUGCUGUAGCAACGCCAUUGAUCAUAAUAUAGUGUACAUAUACAAAAGCUGUGUAAUCCCGCCAUGUACAUUUUACUGGGAACAUUACUCCUUGGGUGGCGGGUGGUGUCUGCGUCAGUCCUCCCAACAGGUCACCACAAACAACAGCAAAUUCAAGAUUUGUCGGAUGUCAGCUCGCCCUCACUAUACCAACAGCCGUUGCCUCUACCGCAGGCUUUUCGCAGCAAACCGAAGAGCCCAUAUAUGACUAGCGACAAAGAGGGUAAAGCAAACUUCCGCGCAAUCGAAAAGAGAAUUCUCGAUUCGAUCAUCGGUUUGGGCCGCUACGACUCUCGCAUCCGGCCUAUGGGCAUCAACAACACCGAUGGACCAGCGCUCGUCCGCGUGAACAUCUAUAUCCGUAGCAUCGGAAAGAUCGAUGACGUCACCAUGGAAUACACAGUGCAGCUGACGUUCCGGCAACAGUGGCGAGAUGAGCGUUUACAAUACGACGACCUUGGUGGCCAGAUCCGAUAUCUAACGUUGACUGACCAAAAGAAACUAUGGCAACCGGAUUUGUUCUUCUCGAAUGAGAAAGAGGGUCACCUACAUCAAAUUAUUGUGCCCAACGUGCUACUCAGGAUUUACCCUAAUGGAGACGUCCUGUUCAGUAUUCGCAUCUCCCUGGUGCUCAGCUGCCCCAUGAACCUCAAAUUCUAUCCCCUCGACAAACAAAUUUGCUCUAUACUAAUGGCAUCAUAUGGCUACACAACUGAAGACCUCGUUUUCCUAUGGAAAGAGGGCGACCCAGUGCAGGUGACUAAAAACCUCCACCUGCCUCGCUUUACGCUUGAGAGAUUCAACACUGACUACUGCACCAGUAGAACUAACACUGGAGAGUACAGUUGCCUCAAGGUCGAUCUGGUCUUCAAACGAGAGUUUUCAUACUACCUAAUUCAAAUCUACAUCCCGUGCUGCAUGCUGGUCGUCGUAUCAUGGGUGUCCUUCUGGCUAGAUCCAACAUCCAUUCCAGCGCGGGUUUCGCUAGGAGUGACUACGUUACUUACAAUGGCGACACAAAUCUCCGGCAUCAAUGCUUCGUUACCGCCCGUGUCCUACACAAAGGCCAUUGACGUGUGGACGGGCGUGUGCCUGACCUUCGUAUUUGGGGCACUACUUGAGUUCGCCCUUGUAAACUACGCUUCUCGGUCCGAUCAGAGGAGGCAGAACAUCCACAAGCAGUCUGUGCCGCAGGCAAGCCAGCAGCGGCAGAAGUGGCUUCUGCCUGCUUCGAUCGCAGCCGCGGGCCUUGAGAACAACCAAAGCGCCAUCGACCACUGCGAUGAAGCCUUCGCUAUGCCAUUCCAGGGUGGUGGUGCCGAAAGGGGCGGUAUGGCACGUAACGCGCUGCCCAACGACGCUGAUAUCCUCGUGCCCCGCCAGAGAACGCACACGGCGCCACCGCAGGAAAUACGACAGUGCGAGGUUCAUAUGAAAGGUCCAUCGUCCACGAGUUCAAACCUGUGCCGUUCGUGGCUUUCCCGGUUCCCUACCCGGUCUAAGAGGAUUGAUGUUAUCUCAAGAAUAUUCUUCCCGUUAAUGUUCGCGUUGUUCAACCUGGUGUACUGGACGACGUACCUCUUCCGAGAGGACGCCGACUAAUGUAGAUGAAUUACUACUGUAUAAUUAUUGAUAAGCGGUUACAUUUACUUAAGGUUACGGUUACCAACCGCCCAAGCAAGCAACCACAAGACCCAUUAAGGCAUUUAUUUGUUAGAUGCAUUACUACUACAAUCAUAUGUAGCGAUGUUAAUAGCCGAACAAUGUGUUUAAAUGUUGUUAUUAUGUAAAAGUCGACACUUGUAACUCGCUACUACUACAACUUAUAAUGAUCAUACUACUAUGACGAAGGCGAUGACUAGUCGCGGCAGCGCCAGAUAGCCGACGGACACAAUCAGUCCUCUGCUCCCAAACGGCGGUAAAAACAAUAAUAGCAACAAGACCAACUCUGAUGACAUCUAUACCUGUCUAGAUAGAUUCACAUAGUCCUGUGUGGGGUAUCCCUGAUGAAACGGGAAGAGAAUCUCACAGCAUCGCUAAAUGUAUUUCCGACACAUGGGAAUAGGGGGCUUAACGUACGUCGGCUAUGUUAUACGUACACAGAGCGACUGCAGUCGAGAGUAAAUAAAAAUCAUAGUCAGAGGAUUGGCCUCUGCUGGUUGUCUGCGCGAUCUGAAGUGUGCGGAGUAGAAACGUCCCUAAGCGGCUCUCGUUGGUUACACGUAAUCGUAUUUAACAUGGCCAACGCCGCAGCCGCCGUAGAACUAUGACCACGGCGGCGACGACGACGACGACGACGACAACGAUGAUGACGAUGACGACGACAAUGACGACGACAACGACGACGAC